AUAAUCAAUUGUUGCUUUAAAUGAGAGUAUGAUCCAAGUUUAGACACUAAUUGAAGUGUUUGUCCAAAACUGAUUAAUCAUACAAUCAUACGCGGAUUGCAACUGCUACAGUCAUUUGUGUAGGCAGUGGCACCCACCAAGAAGACGACGUCACACUUCCCAAAGCCCUUCACUUUAUAUUAUAAUUCUCUCUCACAAUUCCAAAUUUUCAAUUUCAAUCUCAAUUUCUGGGAUUAUGGCUUCCUUUACUAACAAUCUCUUGUCAUCAUCAGCUUCUUGUUUUCAUCUCAAAACCUCUUCUUUUCUCAUCCCAAAUCAUUUUUCUAACUCCAAUGGAAUCUCUUUUUCCUCUCCAAGAAGGGUUAUGUUGUAUGCUUCUUCUACUAAUAAUACAAAUGCUACCAGCUCAAGCUCAAUCCCCUUGAAUUUUGAACAGGAUGCUGAUGUUCCUAUGCCAGUAGUUCUGAUAGAUCAAGAUUCUGAUUCUGAUGCGACGAUUGUACAAGUUAGCUUUGGAGAUCGACUUGGAGCUCUUAUUGAUACGAUGAAUGCCCUGAAAGAUUUGGGAUUGGUUGUGGCAAAGGGUUCUGUUCUUACGGAAGGAUCUGUCAAGCAAAUAAAAUUCUUCAUUACACGCUUAGACAGUGGGCGCAAGGUUGAAGAUCCUGAUUUGUUAGAGAGAAUUCGACUUACCAUCAUUAACAAUCUUUUGAAAUACCAUCCAGAAUCUAGCGAGAAACUUGCAAUGGGCGAGGCUUUUGGAAUAACAGCUCCUAAGAAAAAGCUUGAUGUGGAUGUUGCGACUCAUGUUCAUGUCAAAGCCGAUGGACCUAAGAGGAGUUUGCUUUGCAUUGAGACAGCAGAUCGACCUGGAUUACUUGUAGAAAUAAUCAAAAUCAUGUCUGAUAUUAAUAUUGAGUUUGAAUCGGCAGAGAUUGAUACAGAAGGAUUGGUAGCCAAAGACAAGUUUCAUGUCAGCUACAGAGGAGCAGCACUAAACAGUUCAAUGUCUCAGGUAUUGGUGAACUGCCUGCGUUACUAUCUUCGAAGGCCAGAAACAGAUGUGGAUAGCUACUAACACUUGGUGAGCCAUUUGUGAAUUGUAAAACCAGUGUAAUGGUCUGUGUACCAAAAUUCUAUAUAAGUUGUAUGUAUGUUUCGAGCUACUGAAGGACGUGUCCUUGAUUGAAAUACGACGCUUGUGGAACACUAUCACAACGACUUCAUUGCUCAUCCUCAAAAGGGUAAUAAAAUGGAAUAUCCAAUAUAAGAAUAUGUACCCCCUUGUUUGUCACAUUUCCAAUUUUACUUUUGAGGAUCUGUAAACUUGUGAUGUUUGAAGACAAAAGGCAGUCUCAUCAGAAAGGUUUGAUCUUCUUAAACAAAAGCUUAAUGUCAUUUUAUUGGGGUUUGGCCAGAUUCAUCA